ACCCGCAUUCGACCCGUCAGUUUGAACCUCGUCGUCUCCUCGAACCCUAACAUCCAAAUUUCAAUGAGAGAGGGGGUUUUGGGGGGUGUUUGUAAGAAAAAUAGAUUUGUCUUCCCCCACCCCCCUUCAGAUUGCCCGUGGCCAGAAUCGGACUCUGCAGGCAAAUACGAUGCGUGUGACGGUUGCCCAAAUCAACAGAUUUGUUCUUCUGCUCAUGAAGACCUUGAUUCUGAUGGCAUAUCCAACUUAAUGCCCAUGUGGAUGUUUUUUAAACUGCUGACAUAUCGGGAAACCACAAUAAAUAGGUAGCCCUAGUUUGUUUACUGAUAAUGACAAGAGCACUUUCUCUGCCCAACUCUCCUUUGCCCUAGUCGCCAUGGAGUACCAAGUCGGCCUCCUCGACGUUGACUUGUGUGGGCCCAGCAUCCCCAAAAUGCUCGGGCUUGAAGGCCAAGACAUCCACCAGGGCAACCUUGGCUGGUCACCCAUCUAUCUAGAUUCCAACCUAGGUAUCAUGUCCAUCGGGUUCAUGCUUCCCAACCCCGACGAUGCUGUGAUAUGGCAAGGGCCUCGUAAGAAUGCCCUCUUCAAACGGUUCUUGAAGGACGUGGACUGGGGAGAGAUAGACUACAUUGUGAUCGAUACACCUCCAGGGACAUCUGACGAGCAUAUCUCAGCCGUCCAAUACGUCCAGACCACUGGAAUUAACGGUGUGAUCAUCGUCACAACCCCACAGCAGGUCUCUCUAAUUGAUGUCCGGAAGGAGAGAAGCUUUUGCAAGACGGUAGGGUUACGAGUUUUGGGUGUGGUUGAGAACAUGAGUGGAUUGAGGCAGUCUGUUUCAGAUUUCACGUUUGAGGAAGUGGGGAAGGAUGGAUUUGGGGGCUUUUACCGAGUGGGUUUGAACUAUACGAAAGAGAAUGCCCCCGAGCUUCUUCCUUUGGUUGUUUGCAGUGAGGUGUUUGAUAGUAGUAAGGGUGGAGCAGAGGAAAUUUGUGAAGAGAUGGGCGUGCCAUUUCUCGGGAAGGUGCCAAUGGAUCCGAAACUUUGUAAGUCUGCUGAUGAGGAUCGGUCUUGUUUCUUGGAUCAGCAAUCUGCUGCAGGUGCUGCACGAGCUCUUAAAAGAAUAAUAGAGAAGGUUGUAACUGAAGAAUAAGCAGCAAACUAAGCAAGAAAUUAUGUGCAACUUUCUUUUAUAUGUGCAACCUUUGGUGUCUGUUUGUGUUCAUUACUGAAGAAUGGAGCGAUAAAUCUACGUGGUGCGGACUGAGAUUUGAACUUCAUCAAUAUGUAAUUUAUGGGAUGGACCAGAUUGAGUUGAAGUUAGAAGAAGGAUAUAAUAUACUCCUCGAAUUUUUCA